AUGUCUGCACUGCUAGAGUUUAAAGAGAGGUAUGAAAUCGCCAAUGUUUCAGGUGGUCCUCUCGCUCAUCCCAAGACUCUAUCCUGGAAAAACAGUCAGGAUUGCUGCUCCUGGGAUGGGAUAGAGUGCGACAAGAACACGGGCCAUGUAGUUGUUCUCGACCUAGGAAGUAGUCUUCUUUAUGGUUCUAUCGAAAACAACAGUACCCUCUUCCAGCUUACUCAUCUUGAAAAGCUCAAUCUCAGCGGCAAUCACUUCAACUACUCUCAAAUACCAUCCCGAGUUGGAGAUCUCUCGAGAUUGACUCAUCUCGAUCUCUCUGCUUCUGUUUAUUCUGGCCGGGUCCCCACAGAAAUCUUCAAGCUGACGAGGUUAGUGUACCUCAACUUAUGUUGCAAUCGGGAUCCAUAUCAUUCUAGACAUUUGUUGCAGAUGAAAGCACCGGACCUGAGAAGCCUAGCUCAAAAUCUGACCAGCAUGGAAGAACUUCUCCUUGGUUUUGUCAAAAUGCCGUCCCAAGGGCCCAACACCUUGGCGAAUCUGUCUUCACUGAGAAGGCUGAACAUGGAUGAGUGUGACAUGCAUGGUGUAUUUCCAUCUGCCAUUUUUCAUUUACCGAAACUGCGAUAUCUUGGGGUGGGUUACAAUAAAGCUCUCACGGGCCGCUUGCCUAACUUCAACUCGAGUAGUCCUCUUAAAGAGCUGCAACUGGGAGGCACAAGCUUUUAUGGGGAGCUACCGGCUUCAAUCGGUAAUCUCCGCUCCUUGGAGAUGUUGGAUCUUAAUUCCUGCAAUUUGAUAGGGUCCCUACCUAUGUCAAUCGGAAACCUUCCUUUGUUGAGUUAUCUUGACAUAGUUCUUAACAACUUCUCAGGAUCCAUCCCGGCUUCAUUUGCUAACCUUAGCAACCUAAAAUACCUAGAUGUCGGAAUGAACGCAUUCGCUGCCCAGUCCGCUUCCUCUUUGUCUUGGGUUUGGAAGAUGAAAAAGCUUGCCACUUUGAAGAGGAUCAAUUUAUAUGGUGAAAUUCCCCCUUCAAUCGGAAACUUGUCUCAACUUGUGGAGUUAUCCUUUUUUGGCAACCAGUUAAGCGGUACCAUCCCAUCUCAACUCAUGAACCUCACUCAGCUAACUGAUUUGGAACUCCUAACCAAUCAACUAUCAGGUUCUAUACCUUCUUGGCUUGUGAACAUGACUCAACUAGUUGUGCUUGACCUUUCACGCAAUAAAUUCCACGGCCAGAUACCUUCAUCAAUCUAUCAACUCCAAAAUCUCCAAGUGCUCCGCCUUUUCGAAAACAACUUUAGCGGUACUGUUGAACUAGACAACUUUCUCAAGCUCAAACAAUUGGAGGUGCUCCAACUAUCAUCUAACCGGCUAUCAUGCCGCACGAGUAGCGCAAAUGUUAUUCUUCCUCAACUUGAGGUCCUAGGACUGGCAUCAUGCAAUUUGAGAGAGUUUCCGGCAUUCUUGCAAACCCAAAAGGAUAUGAAUUGGUUGGACCUGUCGGAUAAAAACAUUACGGGAGAAGUGCCCUUUGGGUAUGGGACGGAAGAUUUAAAAAGAUGCAGUACCUCAAUCUCUCCCAUAACUUCUUAA